AUGGGAUUCUUGAUAGAUCAUAACAAGUUUGUUUCUCCUAUUAAGGAAGUCACAGAGUUAGCAUCAGCUGCACAGCUAAGGAGGCUUUUUGUGAUAUUGCUGCUAUCUGGUUAUGGAAAGACCUUUAAUAAUGGGAAAUCAUUGAGAAAUUAUGCUGGCAUGUUGGUUCCUAAUACCUCUUUAGUUUCUCAAUUUAGCAAUUUGAUGCUGUUGUGUGAGUUGCAAUAUGAUACUAUUUUCUUUGACUCGAAUAAAGAUUUACCUUUUGGUGGGAAGGUGGUCGUUCUUGGUGGUGAUUUCAGGCAGGUCUUGCGAGUUAUUCCAAAGGGUUCUCGUGCUAAGAUUGUGAUGGCUUCCAUAAAUUCUUCUGUUCUCUGGAAAUAUUGUCAAUGUGGAACUGUGGUCAAUGAUAAACUUCUUGUUGAUAUUCUUUCUGAUAUAAUCAUUCGUGUUUUGGAAAAUCCAGUUAAAGAUAUUAUAAAUACAAUAUAUCCAAAUUUGGUUCAGAAUUUUUUUUAUCCAAGUUUUUUACAGAAUAAGGCAAUACUGGCUCUGACUGUCGAGAAUGUUGAAGAGAUAAACAAUUAUAUAGUUGACUUGUUGCCCGGUGAGGAGAAAAAUUAUCUCAGUGCUGAUUCGAUAUGUGGUAGUGAUGCAUAUUCUGAUGUUGAUAUUGAUUGGAUAAACGUUGAAUUCUUGAAUCAAAUUAGGUGUUCUGGUCUACCUAAUCAUUCUUUGAAGUUGAAAAUAGGCAUGCCUAUUAUUUUGUUGAGGAAUAUUGAUCUAGCUGGUGGUUUGUGUAAUGGAACUCGACUUGUUAUGCGAGAUAUAGGGACAAAUAUGAUCGGUGUAGAUGUUGUUUCUGGUAGCAAUGUUGGGGAUAAAGUUUUUAUCACCAGAAUGAAUUUGAUUCCCAGUGAUAUGGUUAUACCAUUUAAAUUCCAACGCAGACAAUUUCCAGUUUCUUUGUCGUUUGCGAUGACAAUUAAUAAAAGCCAGGGUCAGACAUUAUCAAUAGUCGGUUUGUUCUUGCGUCGUUCUGUGUUUUGUCACAGUCAACUUUAUGUAGCUCUUUUUCCCGAGUUAAGAAUAAAAAUGGUCUUAAGAUUUUACUUUGUGAUGAAAGAUUAA